AUGGAAGAGAUUUUGCUUCCGCCGAGAAUGUUCGCUGCGGGCGAUGAACCAGUGGGUGACCGUAUCAACUCGUAUCACAAGAUCAAGACGACCAGAGCAAUUAUCAAAGCACUCGAACCAGAAGAGUUGGAGUUUCUUAUGAAUUCUAUAUUCGGGAGGAUCCUUGCGAUUGAUUCCCACCUUCCGUUUUCUGGGGCUUUUGGACAACACGUCGUCGUUAGAGUCCUUAAAGUCAACAAAAAGUACGAGUUUUGGUUUUUGUUUGCGGGAAAGCCAAUUAGAAUGUCCCUCCGAGAGUUUGCCAUCGUCACUGGCUUGAACUGCGGGAAGAUCCUAGUGAAGAAGACGACGAAAAACCCAUUGAAAGAGAAGCUGUACUGGAAUGAACUAUUUGGUUCGUUGAAGUUCUGCACUGUCGAGACAGCCAUCGACAUGUUGGAGAAUAAGGUCGUAAAAACAAGAGAGUUGAGAAUCAAAAUUGCGUGUCUUGCGAUUACCUCGUCGAUUCUCUUCGCGUCUUCACACAUACCCCACAUCAAGCCGGAACAUGUGGAGUUGAUUCGAGAUCUAGACGAUUUCCUCGCUUUCCCCUGGGGAAGAGCCUCGUACACUAUGCUUGCGUCCUCAAUUAAAGGGAAAGAUGAGAUCGCAUUAUCAAAACCCUCCGUUGCGAUACAUGGUUAUGUUGAGGCAAUUCAACUGAUUUUUCUUGCUGCGGUCCCACAGCUUAAGGAAAAAGUCACCCAAACUGAACGGCUUGUCAUAGUGGAUUCAGAAAGCGACGGCGAUACCAACACAUGCGAAGAAACAACGACUGCGGAUGAUAACCUUGCCGGUCAGGUCAAACCACCGCAGGCCAUUAAGUUCUGUCUCAUACCCGGUCACGGUAAGACCGCAGAUUCCGAGUGUCAGGUGCCAGUAAAGUCUAUUCUCGAUGAUCCAUACGAAGAAUGGAAGGAAAUGUUUAAAGGAGGUCUUACCACCAUUGAACUUUCGCGUUUGAGGGCAGAGAAGAAACUGAAAGACAAAGAACCGAAAGAAAAAAACGAGAAGGAUCACGCUGCGGAGGUUUCAGAAGGCGAGGGAUCUUCUGAUUUCCUCUAUAUUAUUAGCUGA